AUGUGCUGCUGCAUUGCAAAGAGUGAGAAAUACCGAUCGAGAGUGUAUAUGAGUCAGAGUCAGUACCUCUGGUUUCAGUCACUGUUCGUAAAGGUUUCUCAUCCUGCAAGGCGGCGAUGUCAUCCAACUUCCUACAAAAACCACUUACCUUGCAAGCAGUUCACUCACGUUCUUAGUCUCUAUUUCAUAUCCGGAAGCAAUAUGUAUCGGGGAUUUCGGUUAACUACAAAGAACAAGAAGACCAAGUAUCAACCGUGGACGCAGGUCAACUUGCCAUUGCGAUCGACGCAAGCUGGAAAAACGAGGGAACGCGGACAACAUAGCACACGGGAACUAUCUGAAGGGCCAGAGCAGAGACUGCAGGCGUACAUUCAGCGUCAGCCUCGUUAUUCAACGCCGGCGAAACUCCUCACCUGGGUCGGUAGCGAUCAAGACACUACCCAUAGCUUGGCCGAUGAAGAGGACGGCGAGAGUAGAGAUGAUUGCAGAAUAUUGGCUCGAAGCGUCGCAACAAACCGCUUCUUGGCGGGUGGAGUAUCAGCCACAGCUCGCUUACUCCAAUCAUUGUCUCAAACGAAGAUGUUGAUUCCUCGGACAUUGAUACACGGGAGAUACUCGCUUCACUCUACAGCACGGCAGCUAGAAACUGAAGAGUACAAUCAUAAUGACGGUGGUUGUCCUCUUCCAAGGCGCGAUCGUACAUGA